AGUAAUAAAUAUAAAAAGAAUGAAAUAAUGAGUUGUUGGUUUGACCACGCUGAGAAGACACUCGAGUUCAUAACAACGUUCUUAUAAUCUUAACAACAUCAUCGUCAUCGUCCAGAGCAGGUAUUCGAUAAUCAAGGUGAAGGCAUGAGUGGUUACCAGAAUUCUCCUCCAGAUCCCUACCGUCAUUACCCACCUCCAGGGUAUGGUCCACCACCAGGAUACCCAUCUGCACCACCACCUCCUCCGUCACCAUACGAUGCCUACCCGCCUCAGGCGCCACCUGGCUACCCGUAUGCUGCACCGCAGACUCAAGGUUAUCAGGGCUACUUCAAUGGAGGUGGGUAUCCUCCUCCUCCACCUCAGCAACUUCCUCCUUACCAGGUCUACCAGUAUGAUGAGCACCAUCAUCACUGUCAUGAUCAUCACGAUGAUGGUUCCUCCUUUUUACGGGGAUGUUUGGCUGCCCUCUGCUGCUGCUGUCUGUUUGAAGAAUGCUGCUUCUAAACUACAAUGGAUAUCUUGCUUAAACUUGUGGGAUCAUGUCAUUCUUUCUGGUGUGCUGGGUAUAUAGCCUUAAAUUUAUGGAUUAUUUGUGCCUGUAUAUGUGUCAUUAUCUGCUUGAUAUGUUCGAUUUAUGUGAAUAGCUUAUUACAUGAGUUGAUUUUGAGGACCAUUUAUAAUGAUGAACGGGUGUGCAACUGUGCGUACAUCAAGCUGCAGAUGUCUUUAUUUGAUAGCUGUGGCCCUUUUGGGUGUUGCAUGAGAAGCUUUUAUGAGUCGUUUUGAAUGGAUAAUUAUGGUUAUGAGCA